AAAGUGACAUCUGCAAAAAUAUUGUAAACAUGGCGUUCAACUUAUCUGCAUUUUCGUAUAUUAUUGCUUUAAUUGUCGACGCCUUUCUUAUAUUUUUCUCACUUUUUCACGUAAUCGCGUUCGACGAAUUAAAAACUGACUACAAAAAUCCGAUAGAACAAUGCAAUAGUUUGAACCCGUUGGUUUUACCAGAAUAUCUGCUUCAUUUAUUGUUCAACAUACUUUUUGCAGUUUCUGGAGAAUGGUUUUCACUUAUCUUAAAUAUUCCCCUGAUUGCCUAUCACAUAUACAGAUACAAAACAAGGCCUGUGAUGUCAGGCACUGGAAUAUAUGACCCUACCAGCAUAAUGAAUGCUGAUACAUUAACAAGAUGUCAACGUGAGGGUUGGAUCAAGUUGGCUUUCUACUUAUUGUCAUUCUUCUAUUACUUAUAUGGGUAUGUAAUAGCUUUAGAAAAUGACCAUACAUGAUCCUAAGGUUUUAAUUGACUAAACGUUGAAAGUAUUUUAUACUUAUAUAAAUAAUUACUUAAGCAGAAUUUGUUAAUCAAUAAUUUUACUUGAAGUAAG